AUGCCACCACCGUCAUUAUUGCAGUCCCGGGCUGCUAGAACUCUCUCAAGGUGCCUUUCUAAGAAAGAUCUUUCGAAAAUGCUUUUUUUAAGCCAGCGUCGACAGCUCUCAACCUCUAACCAAAAGAGAAAAUCAGGCCUUCUCAGAUCCAAUGAAUGGAAAUAUGCUGUCAUAGGAGGUGCAUUAGUACUGGGGUACUCUUAUUUAACCAACUACGUCAGUUCUGAUACGAUAAAUGGUAUCAAGCAUUACUCUUCUGGAGAUGGUUUCAAGACUGGGAAAUCUGAUCCCAGUUCGAACACAAAUUCGAACACAAACACAAUCUCUUUGUUGAACGACCGUCAAGUAGAAAGUAUCUUACACAAAUCAGAAGAAUCAUAUUUUGUUAAUAGGGGAAAAGGUAUUCUUCGUUAUGAUGUUUCUCAACUUCCUUCCAAUGCUCCAAUCGAAGAUAACAGAGUUGAGCAGAUUAUCACCGUACCAACCGAAUCAUCCGAAAGCCUAGAAGAUUUGUACUUUUUUGGAAUUUUUGAUGGACAUGGAGGUCCAUACACGUCUGCAAAAUUAUCUCAGGAUUUAGUGCCCUACGUGGCCCACCAAUUGGGGCAAAUUUACGGUAAAGGGGUAGGUUUCCUAACCUCUGAAUCGAUCGAUGAGGCCAUUAUGCGAGGGUUCCUUCAAUUGGAUAACGAUAUCGUGUAUGGCAGCCUCGGAAAAUUAUUCGAAGAACCUACUAAGGAGAACUUAAUCGAAUCAUUACCUGCUGUGUCUGGUGCUUGCAGUCUUUUGUCAAUGUACGAUUCAAAUAACUGCACGUUGAAGGUAGCAGUAACCGGAGAUUCACGUGCUAUUUUGGUAAAACAGUCUGACGAUGGUGCUUGGACUGUAAAAUCCUUAAGUACCGAUCAGACUGGUGAUAAUGUACAAGAGGUCGAGAGAAUCCAGAAGGAGCACCCUGAUGAACCAAACUGUGUACGUCAGGGUAGAAUACUAGGAUCUCUCCAACCUUCAAGGGCUUUUGGUGACUACAGGUACAAAGUGAAAGAGAUAAAUGGGAAAACCGUUUAUGAUCUACCUGACCAUUUGAAGAUAUAUUUCAGGAGGGAACCUAAAGAUUUCUUGACACCUCCUUACGUAACAGCAAAGCCGGAAAUAACCACAACAAACGUGGACCCUAAAACUAAAUUCAUGGUUUUAGGAUCUGAUGGUCUUUUCGAGUUGUUGAGUAAUGACGAAAUCGCAGGUCUCGUUGUGAAAUGGAUGGAAUCACAUCCUAUCAAAAAGAAUUUCAAAAUGUUGAAGGAACAAUCUCCACAAGGUAAAUUACCAAAGCUAGAAGACAUCUCCCCAGACAAAGAAGCACAAAGGCCUGCUUUUAGGUACCAAAGCUCCAAAAAACCUGACUCUAAGAGCGAAUAUCUCAUGCAAGACGAAAACGUAGCAACUCAUCUAAUCAGAAACGCUCUCAGUGGAGGCGGUAACAAAGAAUACGUUUCUACAUUGGUCAGUAUACCUCCAACGAAGAGUAGACGUUACAGAGACGACUUGACUGUCACCGUUGUCUUUUUCGGUGAAGAAACUGAGGGCAUUGAUGGUAAAUUAGAACUCAACCACAAAGCCACCAAACCAGAAGAAUCUAAACUCUGA